UUCUUAACCAUGUAAUAGUUCUUUAAUGCCCUGAGCCUCCAACAUGAGUGUAAUGGUAGCCAAAUGUCCUGGCACUGGAGCAUUUCUCUAAUACAGAAGCUGCAGCCCUGAACUGAGCAACCAGAUUGCUCCUAUGGUGAUAUGGAAACCUCAGGGAACUGAAUCUGGUGAAUCUUGAAGAUCUGUGCCUGAGAAAAGCUCUACCUUUCCUUGUGUGAGCAGCUGUCUGGUGCUAUGUGGAUGUUUAACCAGUGAACUGCUUGGCAAUAAAGGAAGAUGACUAAGGGAGGAGCCUGGUGAGCCUGACCUGGGACCACAGAGGAUCUCAGAGAACAUCCAGCACCACUGGAACUGAGCACCCAGGGCAGCCAGAUGGACUCUCCCCACCUCGUGGGGUUGUGUUUCCUGCUCCUGGCUGUUGCAGCUCCCUGUCCAAAUAUUGCCAUGGCCAGUGGUCACCCUACUGAGAGGACACAUAACUCUUCCUCUGGCAAAACAAAUGUGACAGUCUACUACUGUAAAGACUGUGCAAUCAGUGAAUGUGAAUCAGGCAGAUUUGAAAGAUUUGUAAAAAUGGCUAAAACAGAAAACGAGGGAAAAAUUGACUUGGUGACCAGGAAAACACUCAUCCUUGUGUGCUUUCAGCAAGGAAAUACUUCUCCUGAAGGAAUUUAUGGCAUCGUCUGGGUAAAAACCAGGGGAAUUGGACACUCGUGUGCCAUCCUGAAUUCUACAGCUUUCUCAGCAAAUGGGAGAGGUAGCAUCAGUCCUGAGGAGAAUAAACUUUGCUGUGAAGCAGAAAUAAAUAUCUGGGAGUCCAAUCUUACACUGAAGUGCCACACUGAAAUGUCAGGUGCAGAAACUAGAAAAGCACCAGCUGGUAUCCUUGGUGAGGAAAUUCCAGGUAGAAGGAGCGACAUCAUCAUCUCUGUCACAUUCCUGCUGCUCCUUGUGCUUUGUGCAGGAACGGUCACUGCAUAUUGCUAUCGGCGGCAUCGGAUUAUUCAAGCUCUCAGAAUAAACAGACAGGCUUCAGAUGAAGAGAGCCUCACACAGGCUUGAAAACUAUCUACGAGUGAGAAGAUCCCUAUGCCAGCAGCAUCUUCCUCUGUCCUGUUGUACAGCAACCAGCUGAAGCAACAGAGCCUGAUGUUCCAUGAGACCUCCUGGUCCCAUAUUCACAAAUGGUCUGGUUUUCACAAAUGCACCUUCACCACAUCCACAUGUUCACCAAGGACUGUGAUUGCCACAGUUGUCCAGCUCCAGGCCUUCAAGAGCAGCACAAGCAGCACCCUGGAUCUCCCAUUCUCUGCUGGUGCUUGGCUGAGGAGCUAUCACAAGGUGUGUGGCUGACUCAGCAGCACAGCCUUAAACCAGCUGAAUUAUCUCCAGCUGUGUGCUCUGCUUCCUGGAGAUGUCUACUGGGUUUGUCCUCAGCAAGUGCUUUGUGUUUUGCAACAUACAUAGAUAGGCAAAUAUUUUUAUUCACAGAAUUAUGGAAUGGUUUGGGUUGGAAGAUCAUCUGAUGAAAUAAAAAAAGGACUAACAAUACUAAGAUGCCUGACUCACCAAAUGCCAUAAUUUUGUAGCUGCAACUUCUUUUGACUGAUUUUAAUCUUCAAUUUGUGUUACUAUACUAGUGACAAUAAAACAGCUCCUUAAGAUCUGGC